AUGACCCAGCCCGAUCGCGUGCUGCGCCUCCUGCCGCCGGGAUCUGCACCGCAACCGGACAUGACACACGGAGAGGCACUGCGACACCUUGGAAAAGGUGCGAACCACUCUGCCCUAACGCUUUUCAACAAGAGCCUGCGCACUGGCAUCGUUCCGCAGAGCUGGAGACACGGGAUUAUAAGCCCACUCCUCAAACUGGGGAAGAAAGCAACUGGCCUAGAGCCAUACAGACCAGUCGCGCUCACCAGUUGCUUCUGUGAGCUCAUUGGGCGAAUCAUAGCAGCGCGUAUUCUUGAUGUGAUACUGCCUGCGCUUACGCCACAGCAGCUCGGGUUCCGGCCAGCCCGCCCCCCCCCCAUUAGACCAACCAUUGCACCUUCAAGCGAACGCGCAUCGCCCGCCUUCUGA